CUGGUAUUUGGACUCAGAGAGCGGAAGUAGGUCUGUUUCCGUUAGUUAGUGAUCGGAGAAGGUGGUUCGUCGUCAAGAAGCCGGUAGUAGUAAUAGCCGAGGUGCGCGUGUCGGUUUCAGCGCUGGAGGAAAGUUUAGCUUUUGUCGUCUUCUAGGACCAUUUGGAUGAAGUCAUGACAAGAUGGGCUCGAUCUAACGUCACACACAACAAAAAGGCUCUAGAUGCAACACCAUGGGAAAAUAUGAAAAAAGAGGCUAGUGGAAGCAAUGCAAACCAGAGUUCUUCAAAUCGGCUUUCUUUAAAAGUCACCCAAGGGAAGAAAAAAAAUAAGAAGAAAAAAGACUAUUUGAAUGAAGAUGUUAAUGGUUUUAUGGAAUAUUUGAAACAGAACUCCCAAGUGUUGCAUAAUGGGCAGGUGACCAACAGCUAUGAAGUAAAGGAAGAAAUAGCAACGGCCUUGAAAAAAGACAAGCGGCGAGAGGGAAGAAGAUUGAAAAGACAGGAAAGAAAGAAGAACAUCAUGGUAUGCUUCCACUGCAGAAGGCCAGGACAUGGGGUUGCAGACUGUCCAGCUGUACUUAAAAGCCAGGAUAUGGGAACUGGAAUUUGUUACCGUUGUGGCUCUACAGAACAUGACAUCAGCAAAUGCAAAGCAAAAAUAGACCCAGCUGUUGGAGAAUUUCCAUAUGCAAAAUGCUUUAUUUGUGGUGAGAUGGGACAUCUCUCAAGGUCAUGUCCAGAUAACCCUAAAGGACUCUAUGCUGAUGGAGGUUCUUGUAGGAUUUGUGGUUCUGUGGAGCACUUUAAAAAAGAUUGUCCUGAAAAUCAAAAUUCAGAUCGAGUAGUAACUGUUGGCCGAUGGUUCAAAGGAAUGAGUGCAGAUUAUCAAGAAAUUCCAGUGAGCUCUGAACAAAAAAAAUCAAAACCAAAAACACUUAAGGUUGUUAACUUUUGAUAAUACCUUUCUGGUGUCCUUUAUAACAAUAAUUUUCAACAUUUGGUGGAAAAAAUAUAGUACUAACCUGCAGUACCAAAAAUGCCAUAGCUUACCUUUUAUCUCUUCACCUAGGUGAUGAUCAGGUAAUCAUACUCUAACCUUAAUGGAAAAUGAAUUGCAGGAAGACACGUAGCAAUAAGUGGCUGUUUGGCAGGAUCUCACUAGAAAGCUUUUCUAUACAAUUACUGGCUUACCAAAAAGCCUGUCUCAGCAACAUGUUCUAAUGUUGCAUGAUGAUGUACACAUAUAUAAAAUGGUGUUACUUACUAAAUCAGCUCUUUUUAAAAUAAAUAAAUGCAAUGUGUUAACAAGUGAAA